AUGAGCAACGAAGACACAAAAGUCUACAAACACGCCGACUCAGACGGCCACUUCCGCCGCAAAGAUUCGGCGUUUCGAUCCCGCGUCUCCCGAGACCCAACGGCUGAAUUCCCCGCCGAAAAGGACCGCUACGUCCUCUACAUCAACUACGGCUGUCCCUGGGCCCACAGAGCAAAUCUAGUCCGCAGCCUGAAGGGUCUUCAAGAUGUUAUCCAGCUAGUCGUACUAGACCCCGAACUCGGCCCGAACGGAUGGUUCUUCUCCGGCCGCUACGGAUCUGCCGAAAAGGACCCGCUAUACGGCUUCACGUACCUCAAAGAACUAUACCUAAAGGCAGAUCCGCAGUAUGAGGGCAGAUACACUGUACCCACACUGUGGGAUAAAAAGAAAGAGACGAUCGUCAAUAAUGAAAGCAGCGAAGUAAUUCGCAUGCUUUAUUCCGAAUUCGACGAAUUCCUGCCGGAGAAUUUGCGGGAGGUUAAUCGUCCUGGUGGCGGAUUUUACCCCCAGCAUCUCCAGAAUGAAAUUGAUGCGAUGAAUGCGUGGGUUUACCCCGAGAUUAACAAUGGCGUUUACAAGACUGGCUUCGCAACCACGCAAGCGGCUUAUGAGGAGAAUAUCUAUCCGCUUUUUAAAGCUUUGGAUCGGGUUGAGGAUCAUCUCAGUCAAGCAGAACACCAGCCUUAUCUCUUCGGCGAGAAUAUCACCGAGGCGGAUAUUCGGCUUUAUACGACUAUCGCCCGAUUCGAUGUCGCUUAUUAUCUGAUCUUCAAGUGCAAUUUGAAGAUGAUUAGGCACGAUUACCCGCGUAUCGACCGUUGGUAUCGGAAGCUUUAUUAUGAUGAGACGGAUCGCACUCGUGGGGCUUUUAAGGAGACUACUUUCUUUGAUAUUUACAAAUUUGGAUAUUGCGCUGCGCUUGGAAAUAAGACUGGGAAUAAGCAGUUGGUUGUGCCGGUUGGACCGGUUCCUUAUAUACUUCCCGCGGAGAAAGGAGAGUAA